AUGAUCAAUCAACGUUUCUCAAAUUGGAAAAAGAGUCAGAAGAAAUGCUUUGAUCCUCUUCUUUUUAUUUAUCGAACCGAGAGAUCCGUGAAUAAGGAUCCAAAUACAGAUAAAUACAAAUGGUCCAAGGGGAGCAAGAAUUUCCAGGAACAUUUGGACCAUUUCAUUUCUGAGGAGAAUAGCCGUUUUCAAGUAGUGUUCGAUCGAUUACAUAUGAAUGCAUAUUCGAUUGAUUGGUCUGAGGUUAUCGACAAAAAAAAUUUUUCUAAGUCACUUUGUUUGUUUUUGUCCAAGCUUCUUCCCUUUUUCUCUAACUCAGUUCCUUUUUUCUUGGUGAGUUUUGGGAGUAUGCCCGUUCAUAGGUCUCAGAUCCAUAUGGAUGAAUUGAAACGUAUGAAUGAUGCACUCGGGAAUCAGUUGUUAGAAUCAAUGGGUCUGCAAACGGUUCAUUUGAAAAAAAAGAAAGCCCUAUUAUUGGAUGACUAUUAUACUUCUCAAAAAUCGAAAUUAUUGAUCAAUCAGAUAGCAAAUCAAGACAAUUGGCUGAAUCCUGUGAAAUGUUUUCAUAGAAGUUCAUUGAUUUCCUCUUUUUAUAAAGUAAAUCGACUUCGAUUCUUGAAUAAUCAAGAUUUCGAUUGUAAGAAAAGAUUCUCUUUUUAUGGGGAAAGGUCCUGUAAUUAUGAUUUUUUGUAUGAACAAUUCCUCAAUGUCUUGUUCAGUCGAAAGAAAAUAUUUUCUUUUGGCGACGGGAAAAAAAAACAUGUUUUUUUGGACAGAGAUACUAUUUCACCAAGCGAGUUAGAGGUCUCUAACAUAUUAAAUAAUUUUCCGCAAAGUGGUGAUGACGGAUAUGACUUGUACAAAUCUUUCCAUUUUCCAACUCGCGGUCCUAGAGCUAUUGCGGACAUUUCUGGAACACCUCUAACAGAGGAAGAAAUAGUGAAUUUUGAAAGAACUUAUUGUAAUCGUCUUUCCGCUAUUAAUCUGUCUGAUCCAAAAUGGAAAAAGUUGCAUACGUAUUUGGAUUUCGAUUUAAACAUAGAUUUGCUUGACACUGAUUUGCGUGACACUCUAUAUACUCUAUAUUCAUAUACUCUAUAUUCUGAGGAAUUUUUACCAUCCGAAAAGAGGAAAAAAAAACCUCUAAAAAAAUUCCUUAAAAAAGGGCAGAUGUAUAGAAACUUUCAAAGAAAGAGUAGUUUUUCAACCGUUCUCUCCAAAUUGAAGCCAUUGUACCCGUAUAUAAUACCGUCGCUCCUUACCACGACAGGGCAAAAAAAUCUACUUUUACUAUUUAUACAUACUUUUUCAGACCUAUUUGUGAUACUAAAGAAGAGUCCUAAAUGGAAAAAAAUGUUAUCUAUUUUGCCUAAUCUUAUCCAUGGAGCCAAGGCAAUUCUUCGGAAAAAACUGGGUAUUGGACAACGGAAUCGUAUAAGUGAGAUUUGGAGUAAGUGUUUACAUAAGUCUCUUGUAGAGGUGUACGAAAAAGAUCUUCUUCACACAAAUAAUGAGUCACCAUUCAUAUCGACACAUCUGAGAUCACUAAAUAUUGAGGAGUUCCUGUUUUCAAUCCUUUUACUUCUUCUUAUUACUGGAUAUUUAGUUCAUACACAUCUUUCCUUUGUUUCUCGAUUCUCUAAUGAGUUACAGACAGAGUUCGAACAGGUCAAAUCGUUGAUGAUUCCAUCCUACAUCAUUGAAUUGAAAAAACUUCUGGAUAGGUAUGGUACAUCAGAACAAAAAUAUUUCUGGUUACAGUAUAUUUUUCGAAUGGCUCUAAAACAAUUCGAAAAUUUUCGAGAAGAAAGACGAGGUUCGCCUUCUGGCGUCCCAAGGGGUGAAGGUUUUAAUCUCAUGAAGUUCAUAAGGAUUCUACCAAAUCCCAUCAAUCGAAUCGCGUUUUUGAAAAAUACGAGACAUUUAAGUCAUACAAGUAAAGAAAUCUAUUCAUUGAUAAAAAAAAGAAAAAACAUGAAUAGUGAUUGCAUUUCUGAUGAUGCAGAUAUAUCUGAUGGAUCAGAUAUAUCAGAUCCAUUGGAGAUAGAUCUAUCUGAUCCAUCCGAUACAGAUUAUCGAUACGAUCCAUUUGCUGAUACAUCAGAUAUAUCAGAUCCAUUGGAGAUAGAUCUAUCUGAUCUAUCAGAUACAGAUUAUCCAUAUUAUAUGGAUGGAUCUGAUAUAUCAGAUCCAUUGGAGAUGGAUCUAUCUGAUCCAUCAGAUACAGAUUAUCCAUAUUAUAUAGAUGGAUCUGAUAUAUCAGAUCCAUUGGAGAUAGAUCUAUCUGAUCUAUCAGAUACAGAGGAGGAUCUAUAUGGUAUAUACGAUCUAGAUGAGAUCUAUUAUCUGGAUGGAUCAGAUAGAUCAGAUCCAUUGGAGACAUUGGAGACAUCAGAUCUAGAUGAGAUCUAUUAUCCGGAUGGAUCAGAUAGAUCAGAUCCAUUGGAGACAUUGGAGACAUCAGAUCCAGAUUAUAUAAAUGAUCCGGAUGGAUCAGAUAGAUCAGAUCCAUUGGAGAUAUCUGAUACAUCAGAUACAGAUAUAUGUCAGAAGGAUAGUGAUGAUAAUAGCAAAAUGGAUAUGCUGGCUAAAAUGAACCAAUAUAGUCAUUUAUGGGUUCUAUGCGAAACUUGCUCUAGCUUAAAUUUUAAACAAUUUUUAGUAGCCAAACUGAGUAUUUGCGAAUACUGUGGUGAGCAUCUGAAAAUGAGAAGUUCAGAUAGAAUCGAACUUUUGAUUGAUCCAGGUACUUGGAAUCCUAUGGAUGAAGACAUGGUUUCUCUGGAUCCCAUUAAAUUUGAUUCGAUUGAAAAAAUUCCAAUUCUUCAAUGGGAUCCCAUUGCAUUCGACUUGAUUUUCGUGGAUCCUCCCGAGGAAGAGGAAGAAGAUCAACCUUAUAUCGAUCGUCUUGAUUCUUAUCAAGAAAAGACAGGAUUACCAGAAGCGGUUCAAACAGGCAUAGGUCAACUAAAUGGUAUUCCUUUAGCAAUAGCUGUUAUGGAUUCUGAGUUUAUCGCGGGUAGUAUGGGAUCCGUAGUGGGUGAGAAAAUAACUCGGUUGAUCGAAUAUGCUACCAAUCAACUUUUACCUCUAAUUAUAGUCUGUGCUUCCGGAGGAGCGCGUAUGCAAGAAGGAAGUUUGAGCUUAAUGCAAAUGGCUAAAAUUUCUUCUGCGUUAUAUAAUUAUCAAAUAAAUAAAAAGUUAUUCUAUGUAGCGAUACUUACAUCUCCGACUACUGGUGGGGUAACCGCUAGUUUUGCGAUGUUGGGGGAUAUCGUUAUUGCGGAACCAAACGCAACCAUUGCAUUUGCGGGUAAAAGAGUGAUUGAACAAUUGUUGAAUGUGGAAGUGCCUGAAGGUUCCCAAUCGGCGGACCUUUUAUUCGACAAGGGAGUAUUGGAUUCAGUCGUACCACGUCAUUUUUUAAAGCAGUUUUUAACGGAGUUAUUUCAGUUCCAUGGUUUCGUUCCUUUGACUAAAAAUUUGGAAGAUUGA